AUGACGACUCCAUUUCCUCUCUUACGUCUUCCAAGACUUGCACUGAUUCGAGUUUUACAACAAAUGAAAACAGGUGAAUUAAUCGCAAUCUCACUUCUCUCUAAUAGAGCGAGAAACCUCAUAAAAAUGUUGUGUAUUAAAAAAUACGUUAGUUCUGUCAACUUACAUGCUGAUUAUCUUUCAAUCGAAGCCUCUCAAAGAUAUGAUGAACCACUAGAACUGAGUUUUAACACAGUAUCAGUUUCAAGUGAUGUGACGUUAAAAUGGUUGGAGCGGGUUUUUGAAGUGAUGGAUUGUUCGAUUGAAGAAGUGGAUCUUCACGGAUCUCCGCAACGCGACGAUGUAUGCGAAGUUCUUACUAUAUUAAAAGAAGUCCGCGGUUUAUACAUCUGGGAUAACUGUCCCAAUAGUUUUGCAAAGAAAGCGCUGAAAAUCCUAACACCAGUCACAGCGGAAACUGUAAUGUUCAAAUUCCAUUUAAGAACCAAAAAGAAUUGGAAACUUUUAUGA